ACAGGAAAAAACUCAAAAGAAAAAGGAAAGAAACGAAGCCUCUCAAUCAAUAAAAUCAACCCAUUAAUCACCAUGAGUUCAAACGCAAUGAAGCAGGAGACGCAGGCAGAGAAAUCCCAUGGUCUGGAGGAAACAAAGACAACCUCGGUGGAUUACCGGUCGUCGGCAGGGCAAGGACAAGAGCUGAGGAAAGUGGAGGUGAUCCAUCACAAUCCUCCUCCUCCUCAACCAAAGUCCAACACAAGCGGCGGCGUUUUGGCCUCUGCCGCAGCUUCUGUCGCAAGCACGCUCCAGUCUGCUAAGGAAGCUAUUGCCGGAACCACAACAACAUCAUCAUCAUCAUCAUCUUCUGAGCAAUCCACAUAAAAAAAAUUUGUAUUUUUAAUUUGGUUUGAAUUGAGAUUCUAUAUAAUUAACUUAGUACCGCUCACCACCUUCAUUAUUUUUUUUAAAAAUAUCUGACACAAAUAAACAUUGGUUUGAAGCUGAAUUACGGAGCUUCCAAUUUUUUGAAUUUUGUGUCGUGUAUCCUUAUUUAACUAGGAUUCGGUAACAUUUUUCUGUUUUGACUUUGAAAUUGGCCAUCGUCUCUUUUUCGAGAGCAUUUUCUUUCUAUGGGAGCCAAUAUACUUAACCCUUUCUCCCACAACAUGUGAAACCGAAGGUGAUUGACGUGGGUGAAUUACAAAUAGACAUGCAGUCUAGUGAGCAUCCUUAUUC